ACCGACUUUCGGUACUCUAUCCACGGCGUAUUUUAUAUAGCUGAGAUUUUAUUGUAAAUUUUAACUUAAGGUAUUCUAAAGUGAGUUUGUUUUGUGUUGUUAAUGUGGUUGUUGCUAACCAAUUAGCAAUCGAAUCUCAGCAGUUUAUCAAUAAAAUGAUAAAUGAAAGUAUUUAUGAUUGGUAUUUGGCUUUAAAAGAUACAUCUUAUGAUGCAAUAUAUUGUAGAUAUUGUUUGGAUUUUAAAGUUGAACUGUUCUGCUGCAAGAAAGCUUUAGCCAAAAAGAUAAAUAGAUUAGUUGACACCAUCAGAAAAUUAAAGAAACAACGAAAAAAUAAAAAAUUAGCAUUGUUAUUAGGUGAAGGCUUUUUUCCACCUGUGGCAAAUUUUUCUGAUAAUACAGUGAGUGCAUCAGAAACUCCUAAAGAAACAAUACUGAUAAGCGAAAACAAAAUGCUUAAAAAAGAAAAUAAAAUUUUAAAAAGGAAAAUGGAAUCUAUGAUGGAUUUACAAAUGGAUUAUUUUACACAUCUAAAAGAUUUUGAAGAUAUGUCAAACAAUCUAAAAAUACUUAUUUCGAAAAACUCUCUAAUAGAAGCUGAAUUAAACUUUAUUAAAGAGUGUUAUUGUGAAAAAGAAGAAAAGCUUAAUAAUAGUGAAAACAAAAAAGAGCUAUUAAAGUCAAAAAAAGAAUCAUUUAAUGUUAGAAAUUUAAAUAAAAAAAUAAAAUAUCGUGAUACUCAGCUGGAAAUAAAAAAGAAUAAAAUAAAUUCGUUAAAAAAUGAAGAAAAAAAAAUAAUAUUGCAAUUAAAAAAUAAAUAACAGAUAUUAAUUCAUUCUUGAAAACUCAGAUAUAAACAUUUCUGAAUUAAAAAACGAAAAAAUAAAGCUGCAAAAAAAAGUGAGUAAUUUAAAAAUUAUUUUGCAAAAUAAAACCAACUAUAUUAAUGACAACAAUAUGAAAGAUGUUAUAAGUUUAGAGAAGGAAGUUGUUUCGUUAUAUAGUAAGACAAACAUUUUAAAAGAGGAGAAUCUAGAACUUCAAAAAUUGGUUUCUUUGCUGGAUGAUGACGAAGUAAUAACAUUUGAAGAUGGCAGAUACAGUGAUGACAUUCGAGAAACAAUAAUGAAACUUCUUUCAAUGAACGUGAGUAUGAAUAGUGUCAAUGAAGUCAUAAAAGUAGUUUUAAACAAACUAUCCAAAAAGAACAUAUCUAGACUGCCAUCAGCCGCUGUAAAAUGUAGGUUAAUGCAGGAAGCUUCAAUUUUAGGUCAAUUUCAAGUUGCAGAAGCAAUGCUUGAAAAUAAUUUGAUAAAUAAAAACUCUAAAAUAGGCAAUUGUUUGCAUGGUGAUGGUACUCAGAAAUACCAUAAGCAUUAUCAAAACUUUCAAAUUACUACAACUAGUGGGAAAACUUUAUCUUUUGGUCUGUCAGAAGUGGUUGGCAAAGAUGCAGCAACUGUUUUGCAAAACUUUACUAAUAUAGUAGAUGACAUUUGUGACGUUGUUAGCAACUCAGCCACUGAAAAAGAAAUUAAUUUUGCUAAACUAAUAACAUCAAUAAAAUCAACAAUGUCUGAUCUUUCUUCGGUUAAUCCUCUUUUUAACUCACAGUUAAAAACAUUAAGGGAAAAACUUUUGCCUAUUGCAAUUAGUAACUGGGACUUUCUUUCCUCAAACGUCAAAGACAAUAUGAAGGACAUGAGUAAUUUUUUCUGUAAACUUCAUUUGCUCGCUAAUUUUGCUUCUGAAAUUGAUAAAGUUUUGAAUUCUUUUGAAAAAAUUCUGCUUCAAAAUGAUUUUGAAACUGUUUUUGCUUUUAGUGGUAAAGAAUGUGGUGCUGUACGGUUAGUUCGUACUACAUGUAAGGCAUUUCAUUCAAGGGGUAGUGAGGAAGCUGGUGUUGCAUCAUGGUUUAAUUCUUUUCUUUCCUCUCGUAACGAUAAAUCUUAUUUUGUUCCAUUUAUUGGAAAUCGAUUUAAUAUUUUGUAUUACAAUGCAGCUGCCCUAUACUAUCAUAAGGAUUCUAUAACAGAAUUUCUUAAUGCUUGGCCUAACCCUAAUAAUUUAUUAAAAGCAAUUAAGGAAGAUAUCACAAAUCUUGUAUUCAUUGCUGAAGUCCGUGCAUUAGGUAUUAUUGACAAACUACUUACUGGUCCAAUGUGGAGAAUUAUCGAAUCACUUGAUAGUAUAUUAUUUUUAAACCCCUACCUACUUCGCUUGAAAGUUAGACUUUCAUCUCUUUGUAUCGAUGCGUCUUCUUUAUUGUUUGCUAAUGGAAAAAUUUUUGAGGAUACCAAUCUUCUUCAUCAAGAUGUGGUUUACACCAAGCUGUUUGAAUGCACUCAAAAUGAUGAGUUUGAUUCUUUAACUGUUCAAUCACUUGAAAUUAUUUUCCAUGCGAUUCUUGUUAUUUUGGAACGGCAGUGUGCUGAUCAGUUACCAGGUGGUAAACAUUUGAAUCCAUCUAACUCAGUUUCUGAAGCUGCUUCUAAUGUCCCUGUCACUAACAAAACAUCAGAAAGUGACUUUGCCAUUUUUGAUUUAAUGGUUCGCACAAAACCCAAUGCAAAUGUUCAAACUAUCCAGGCUUUGACAAUGUGGUCUCAGAACCAAACAUUAGAAUGGCUUAAUGGUAAAUCAGAUGAAGAAAGAAAACAAUUGCUUGAAUAUUCAAGAACUAAAGUAACAUUAAUGAAAAGCAAAUAUGAUGAAAGAAAAGAAGCUCUUAAAAAAGAUAAAGCUAUGCACCUUCUAGCAAAGCAAGAAGAAAAAAAUCGAGAAGAAAUUAAACUACAACAUAAAAAGGUUGCAGUUUGUAAUGAUUUGAUAAAUUUAAAUGUAAGGGCUUGGAUAUCAUUAGAGGAAGCAGAGAAAACAGUUUUUAAUAUAGAAGAGCCAUUGAAAUCAAAAGUACUCCUAGCUCAACUUAAUUUUUAUCGCAUAAUCUUAGGUGUCGAAUGUGACAAAAAACUUUUUUGUAAAACAAAGGUAGAAGGAAGCAAAAGAAUAAACUUGUCUUCAGAAGAAUUAUAUCAAAAUCUUCUUAUUGUUAUUCAAGCAAAUUUAACACCAAACAAACAAUCUUUAAGUAAUAAUAUAAGUAAUAAUUUAAAGUCUCGUACAAUGCGUGAUGCAGCUGUUGAAAACAAAAAAAAAAAGAAUUAAUGGAAAAAAUUCAGGAUGCAAGACUAAACAAAUUAAUAGAGCAACAAAAAAAGCACUCUUUAUCAAAAUUUAUUAACAAUCCAUCUGAUUUUGUAGGUUUUUCUAUACAACAUCGUGUUAGAGAAGAAGAUGCUCAUGAAGUAUCUUGGGAACGUGCGCAAUUGGUUCAAAUUGAUCAAUUAAACGGUAGAAGAACUACAUACAUUGUUAAGUAUGAUAAUGAACCUGAUGAAGUAUGGUCAUUUCCUUUAUUAAUAGAUUUUGAAAAAGGUGAUCUUAUUCUUUGUAGCUAAGAUUGCACGGUAAUUUUAUUUAAUGUAAAUUUAGAAUAAUGUUAUAGUAUAUAUUAAUCUUAUUUCUUUUAUUGUUAUGUUCAAAUAAAGUGUUUUUACUGAAUUUGAGUUCUGUGGUUUUGAUAUUUAUAAAUAGUAUGAAUCAUAUCUGAUAUGUUCAUCAGUUCCAAUUUUGUUUAUUUGUUGUUGUUUAUUUGCAGCUUAACUGCACAUUAUUAUUAUUAUUAAAAAAAAAAAAAAAAGCUUAUGCAAAAAUACUAUUACUUUUACAUGAACUGCCUAUCAAGUAAAGGAAAGUAUCCAGAAAUGAAGGGCUAACCUUAGGCUAAUUUACUAUUACUUUUACAUGAACUGCCUAUCAAGUAAAGGAAAGUAUCCAGAAAUGAAGGGCUAACCUUAGGCUAAUUUACUAUUACUUUUACAUGAACUGCCUAUCAAGUAAAGGAAAGAAGCCAGAAAUGGAGGGCUAACCUUAGGCUAAUUUACUAUUACUUUUACAUAAACUGCCUAUC